AUGUUUAAACAAUUUAGUAAGAUUCUCUUCACUUGUGUACGUUACAUCCUAACGCUUUGCAUCUUCUUUUUCAUCCAUUCCUAUGAAAGUAGUCUGAAAAGGAAAGUCACACAUCCAUAUUUUUUAUCCAAUCAUUUCUUCGGAAAUUUUAACACUAACAAGAGAAAAUAUCACAUAAAAUACACAAGCAGAAAAAAUUAUACUACUACUUUUCCAUUCCACAUCUCGAAAAGUGAAUCAGAAAAGAAUUUUAGAGAUGCUUAUUAUGCUAAGGAAACCAAGGAGAAGAAACAUUUCUUCCUUAACAUGCAAAACCGCAAUGACACAAAUAAGGACGUAAUUGAAAAUGUGGUUACAAAGGACGUAAUUGAAAAUGUGGUUACAAAGGACGUAAUUGAAAAUGUGGUUACAAAUGAUCCAACUAAAGAUGUUGUGAAUAAUAAAAAGAGUAACGAAAACAGGAGUAUACAUGGUAUAAAAGAAUCCCACGGUUGUGGGCAAAAAAAUGAAAUGGAAAACAACUCAAAUUGCCCUACCAAAUCAGAGUACACAGAUGUAAAAGAAGAAAAUACUCCUGGUAAUGAUUCAAAUGCAAAACUUGGAGAAUUCCCAGAUACCUAUACAUCAAUGAAAGAAAACGAUAUUUAUACGUCUAAAGAUUCGGCUAACGAAGUAGAGGAUCAGCUGAAGGAUAACCAACUUGCUCAGCUAAUUCAGAAGAAAAAAAAGAAAAAAAAGUUUCAAAAUGAAGAAAUUCGAAAAAAACUAUCUGAGCUAGCCAAAUUAAGAUGGAGAAAUGAAGAAGAAAGAAAUAAAUUGUUAAGACGAAAAAAUCAAUUCAAACAUUCAGAAAAAACGAAACAGUUGUUAUCUUACAAAAUUAAACUUAAAUGGACAGAUGAAAAUUAUCGAAAAAGUAUUAUAGAAAAAACCAAAAUUUUUAAUCAAGACGAAAAUACGAAAAUGAGAAAAUCAAUUCUACUGAAAGAGAAAUGGAAACUAAAAGAAUUUCGAAACAAAAUGCUUAGUAAUAGGAAACCUUUUAGUUGGGAGCGACGCAAAAAAAUAUCUGAUAUAAUUAAACAAAAAUGGCAAGACCAAGAUUACAGGCAAAAGACUUUGCAGGCUAUAAAAGACAAUUAUAAGAAGCGAAAAUUACAGGCUGGUUUAAAUCCAAAUUUCAACUAUAUUCAGAACGUCAUGCUGUUCAAACAGUUCGGACUUAGUGCACCAAAAAUAAGAUUCUUCCCAAACAUACAUAGACAAAAACUUCGAGGAAAAAAAAAAAAAAAAAAAAAAAUGAAGAUUCAGGAAAUCAAACAAAAUUACAAAGAAAAUUGGAAAAAUAUUUAUAACAGUCUAUUAGAUAAAAAUGAGUUUCAGCAUUCAUUGACGUACUUAAAUAACAUCGGAAAUUUGAGCGUCAGCACCAAUACUUGA